ACAAUCCACAUUGAAAGCUUGCGACAUGCCGCUACGGCGCUCAGUUGCGCGCCAACUCUCAAGUGAGUUUGUUGUUGUCGCUGAUUGAGUUCCCGUAUCCCUCGAGCUCCUACGUAGCGGUCCUUCCGUGUGUAUACCGAGAGUGCGAGAGGCUACGAGAGCGUACACAGGAAUGUACGGCUGUGCGCGUAGGCGUCAGUAAAUCGCGUAGUAGUAUACAAGACUAACUGAACGAACGCGCGUUGACGCGGAGCAGACUACGUCAUCAAGACGGGAACGUGUUACCGUCGUCCUCGAAAUCUCGGAAUAUAUAAUCCGGGGAUCAUUAAGUAAGUAUUUGGAACAGUGUCAAAAACCGGGACGCGCGCGCUUUCGAGGAAAACGAGAUCCGUUUGUUGUUUGUUGUCCACGGCGUGGCGCGGCGGUGACGGCGUGACGGCGAUAAAUACUCACCGGAAAGUAAUAAAUACUCUCCUCAUCUCCUACCGGCUCGUCUUGGACGACGUAGUACGUGCUACGACGGCCGAAGGAGAGGGAGAGUCUAACUAACCAAGUAGAACUGAGGCGGACGCAAGGACGUUUCUGCGUACAUACAGGUGGUCGCGGUGAAGUCGCGUCGAGGAUUCCCAUCUGUGAUGUGCGAGUGAGCGAUGGAGUCACCAGUCAUGUACGAUUCGACGGCCCAUCAGGCCCAGGCCCAGGGCACGGCUGAUUUGAAGAAGUCCCAGGUGCUCAACAACAAUACCAGCAAUCAGAACAAUAACAAUGCGGCGAACAACAACAAUUCCGCGCUGCAGAUCAACCACAAUCACAACCACAACCAUCAGCAGCAAAAUAGCGCGGUGGUGAAACAGGUCUCCGGCAGCAAGGCGAGCUUACAUCAGCAAUACGCCGAGCAUUGCGCCGCUGCUGGCGAGCUUACUGAUCUCAACGCUCCCGAAAUUUCGCUGGAUCUUCAAAACUUGAUCGACGACAAUCAAUUCAGCGAUAAUAUACUGGAUAUACUCGGUCCCAACAACAACGCUAUGAAACAUGUGAGGACGGGCGGUUAUCCCCGCACGACGCUCGCCUACAUGCCGCAACCGGUGCACAGCGGAGCGACCUAUCACCAGAGCAGCAACAGCUGCAGCGACAGCAACAGCUCAAGUUCAGAGUCGCCUAGCAUCAAGGAAGAACCGUUGGACCCGGCGGACUACAGACGUCACUGCCCUCAGUAUCCACCCACUGGUUACAGCCCGGUGACGAAUAACCCGUUCGCCAAUGGUGGCCAGACCUUCACCACCUUGACGCCGUCGACGAUACCGGGCGGUCAUCCAGGUGCGCCAGGGGGGGUUCAUCAGCAGCCGCCGCGGGGUGGCCCCAUGAAGGGGCCGGUAAUGGCCCAUCAGCAUCACACCAAUGCUGCGAACGUCGCCAGAAAACAAACCAAGGCUAUCGACAAGGCAAGCGACGAGUACAGGCGACGGCGGGAGAGAAAUAACAUCGCCGUGAGGAAGAGCCGCGAGAAGGCGAAGGUGCGAUCGCGUGAAACCGAGGAGAAGGUCAAGCUGCUGGUGAAAGAUAACGAUUUGCUGAAGAAACGGAUCGAGCUGCUCAACGAGGAGCUCAAUGUACUCAGGUCGCUCUUCAGCUCUGUCGGCGUCGUACCCGAGCAACUGCACCGCGAGAUCUCCAGGCACCUCGACCAGUUUCAGCAGCACGCGGUUGGACCUAUGUAGCAGCAGCAGCAGCAGUGCACGGACAUUGCCAUGCAAUUCGAGAUGACGUCGUCUUCCGACGACAUCGUCGUCGACUCGCGUCCCUGGGCUAUCAGGCUGCUCCGAUUGUGAAACGAAGUCAGUCCGCAUCUUCCGCUUCCUCUUGCUUCUUUCUCCCCCCGGUCCCGUAGUAUCGCUGUAUAUCGCGUGCAUCUCCGAGGAGAAAUCGUCUUUCCUCCUCCAUCCCUCCCCCCUCAUCUAUCUUUUGCCUUCUCCUUUCAUCUUCUGCGUCGUCCUUUGUAUCUCUCACUCGGCUCAGAGUGCUCGAUGCGAACACACGUGCGUCGUCGUUUGAGAUCCGCGAAGACGCGAACAUGGAGGAAGAGGGGAUUGGCGAGUCGCGCGAGAUAGGAGGGCGAGCGAGAAGAGCGAGCUAUUCUAUGCUUUCGAUGACUGAAAAACGCGGUCGGCGUGGUUCACCCAAGAACUUCGCAUUUCGUUAGAAGUGGCUUUGCCCGCGGGACGUGCAUCCCUUCGCUUCAGAAUGCUAUUCGGACAUUUAGCGAAAGGGAGGCGAAUACCAAUAAAUAAAAGAGUAAAUCGUGAAGAAUCAAUCGCGUGAACCGCCAGCAAGCCGUCGUAUUGCGCUAUCUCUCCAGAUAUAGACGCUUAGAGUCGACGAAGGACACGAGAAAGGCAAUCUAAUUUUUCUUCGUCGCUCGUGUUAUUAUUUUUUUCUUAGUGUCUUACUUCUCCCCUUUAUAGAAAUUUCAUUUAGUGCUGAAAAUGACUUAUUUCGAGUAUUAAAAGCACAAUUACCGUAUAUUUGGAGUAAAAGGGUUGCUCUUAAUACUUAAUAAAAUAAGUAGUUAAUCUAAAUUUCUGUAAGGAUUAUCAUUCUUCUAUUUAACCUGUAAUUGACAUUUAUGAGCUAAAUAUAAGUAAGACUGAGCGAUCCAUCGAUUUUCAAUGUUAUUGAUGGGCAAAAUAAUCGUAAUACGAAGGCUAGCUCCGACAUCUCGAACAAAUCGUAUCUCGAUGUGAUUCACGCAAGAGAAUCCUCACUUUAGUUGUAUAUUAUGUUUCGUACUACACACAUAAACAGAACACACACCUAACACAUCUCCAAUGCGAAAGUACACGUAUACACGGCGUUGUAUUUAGAUGCGGUUUUUAGAUAAUGUUAAAUUAAUGAACUUAGGCUAUCAUUCUCUAAUUACCAAGUACCUAAAAAAAAAAGUCAUAUCGAAACACGGGGAUCUAUAUCAACGUGGCUCGCAUCAAUAAUCGUGCAACAAUGAGACAAGUCGAUAUCCAUCUUCUCUCGAUACGUAUUCGCUUCCGCGCUCGUUAUAUUCGACGAAGCGCCCAAGCAACACAGCCGAGCACUUUAUCCACGCUCUUGUAUUAUAGUACUAAUUAAUUUUAUUAUUAUAUUCGAGAUGUAUGUACAUAAAAAGCUAAUAUAUUUUGUUAAAAGAAAAGCUGAGAAAGAGGGAGAGAGAGAAUGUGAGAGAGAAACGGCCGGAAAGAGACUGGGGAAUAGUCGAGCGGAUUGUAUACGUGCGUGCAUGCGUGCGUGAGAGCCGUAUGAUGUUUUGUACGUAUGUAUAUGUGACAUCGCGUGCGCGAAUGCGUCGGGAGAGACAAAUUGUUGUAAUUGCAUAUUUUAUUAGCGUCGAGAGUGAGACCGAUAAUCAAGCGUGAAGCGGAAGAGUCAGAGAAUCAUACAUGAAUGUUUUAUACAAGCAUGCAGUCGCAUGAACCGUGGCUUCAUCUUCACGAUGCCAACUCGUACGCGAAUCUGAUGUGUACGACAGUCAACAGCAGCCGGCGUGCACCGUGCGUUCAUCAUGAUUGCACGUAUAACGUAUACUUGCGCGAAUGAUUUAAUUAUUUACAAGCCAAGACGUGCGACCGCGUGCAAUUAGUGUGAAUGCGAGAGAGAAAGAGAGAAAACGCGCGUGUGCCUUGGUGUAUGACUGACGUACGACUUUAGGGUACGAAAUUACCUGUCACGGUUGUCUUCUUGUCUAUGCACAAAUAUAUUUUGAUAUGAAACG